CGGGGCCGCGCAUGCGUCUUGAGAGGCGGUAGCGGCGGCGGUGGCGGCAGAGGCGGCGGUAGCGGCGGCAGCUGUGAGGGGGUUCCGGGAAGAUGGUGCUGAUUAAGGAAUUCCGUGUGGUUUUGCCAUGUUCUGUUCAGGAGUAUCAGGUUGGGCAGCUGUACUCUGUUGCAGAAGCUAGUAAGAAUGAGACUGGUGGUGGAGAAGGAAUUGAAGUCUUAAAGAAUGAACCUUAUGAGAAGGAUGGAGAAAAGGGACAGUAUACACACAAAAUAUAUCACCUGAAAAGCAAAGUUCCCACCUUCGUGAGGAUGAUUGCUCCUGAGGGCUCCUUGGUGUUUCACGAGAAAGCCUGGAACGCCUACCCCUACUGCAGGACAAUUGUAACGAAUGAAUAUAUGAAAGAUGAUUUCUUCAUUAAAAUUGAGACAUGGCACAAACCAGACUUGGGAACAUCAGACAACGUACACAGUUUGGAUCCAAACACAUGGAAAACUGUCGAAAUUGUCCACAUAGAUAUUGCAGAUCGAAGUCAAGUUGAACCAGCAGACUAUAAAACUGAUGAAGACCCAGCAUUAUUCCAGUCAGUCAAGACCAAGAGAGGCCCUCUGGGACCCAACUGGAAGAAGGAGCUGGCAGACGACACUGACUGCCCUCGGAUGUGUGCCUACAAGCUAGUGACCAUCAAGUUCAAGUGGUGGGGCUUACAGAGCAAAGUGGAGAACUUCAUUCAGAAGCAAGAAAAAAGGAUAUUUACAAACUUUCAUCGCCAGCUUUUUUGUUGGAUCGACAAGUGGAUUGAUCUGACAAUGGAGGAUAUUAGGAGAAUGGAAGACGAGACUCAGAAAGAACUAGAAACAUUACGUAAUCAAGGUCAAGUGAGGGGAACCAGUGCAGCCAGUGACGAGUGAAGACGAAUCUGACCAGUGUCUUGCAGUGUUGAAGUUUCCAACGUGUGCUUGUGGAAACGCACACACACGCACAGGUUCCCAGCCACAUGUGUCUGUGUGUGUGUGUGUGUGUCUGUGGCUGUAUAUAGAACGCAUGUAGAGCUGCAGACCCGGAUGCACAGGUGUGUGUGUGUAUAUAUGUACAUACAAACAUCCUGAAGGGAUUAGUACACUUUCUCCAACGUACUGUAUCUAUCUUCAGCAAGAAUGCAAAAGAAAAUAUUUUCAGUAUAUAUACCUGGAACAGAUUUUAAUAAUUAUCAGAGUAAAACCAUUAAUGGACAAAUUGACUGCGAUGUGAUACGAGCUGGUAUGUUUCAUAAAUGUCAAGCUGUGGACCAACAUAUAUAGCCUUUUGUUAUUUUUCUGUUCUUUUAAAUCAGUCUCUUAUAAAUUUUUAUUUUAGUCCCAUAAGCAGCAGACUCCCACAGAGAGAUUCCUUCAAAACUUUUUGGUACUCCCAUGAAUCUGGAAUGUCAACUCUGAAUGUAUUUAUAACUAUUUAUUUCUGGAUGGUCAUUAUCUUCCAGCCAAAUUUGAUGAUAUCUAUUAAAUAAGGAGUAAAGUUACAGGCCAGUUUUUACUAGUUUGAGGGGAAAAUCCUUUUAAAAAAUUUUUUCUGGUUUUUAUUGGAGUUUUGUAUUUUAAAUUUCAAGUAUUUUUCUACAUCAAACCUAGAAAAAUGAAGAUGACAAUUUGUGAUUUAUAGUAAACACUAGAACAUUUUCAGGCUCGAUAAAGAAGUCAGUCUGAACGGUAUCGGAGGCUGCAUAGAAAGGCUGGGUGCCAGCGCCUCCCAGGGUCUCAUUUCUGAAGCGGCCCUUUUCUGGGGUUAAUGCAGAGACCGCGCGGACGGUCCAGAAGCCUUGCGGCCGGGCCGGGCAGGGCCGGGUGACAGUGUGCUCUUUCUGUGUGGCAGUGCACUCGGAUGGGGGGCUGCCUUCGAGGUGGGAUGGUGCAGUGCCGCUCGGGGCCCUGGGGGGCUAGUGACCCCGACUUCUGGAUCUGCUCUCUAGUAGGACACCCAGUGACAUUCCCUGAGGAGGCAUCAGGAAAGUGCUGGUUAGACGUCACUGCCACUUUUUUUUUUUUUUUUUUUAAAGAAGGAGCAGUGGCUGGGUAGAUCUUUAUCCGCUUUCUCUGUCUGGAUGCAGCUUUUCCCCUGUCAGGCCUGGAAGCUUGAGUGCAGUGAUAUCCUUGAGGCCUUCAGGCCACAAACUGUUGUCUGUAACCCCCUGCUCCUCCUAACCCCACCCUGGCCUGCCGUCAGAGCGCGGUAGUCAUCCGAUUUGCUGACAGUCCUGCCCUUGUUGCUCUGCGCUUUCCCAUGUGUCCUGUGUCCCGACCCGAGUGCUGCCGCAUUGAGACCCUGGUACCUCAGCAGCACACCCCGCGUCUCAAACGUCCUCCGCGUACUCAGGAUACAGACCAUGUUUCCUCUCGGGGCUCUGAGGGUAAUGGGUCUGUCAGAGCAUGAUCGUCACCUGCAGAGCGUCGGGUGCGAGGAAGGCGAUGCUGAUUUGUGGAAUGGAGAGUCCAGGCCUCUCUCCUAACAAACCUAACUCUUGCUGGCAUCUGCAGUCUCGUUGGGAGCUUGGGCACACAUGGAAAUGAGAGCCCGGCACAUGGAUUUUAAUGUCUUUCUAACAACUGUGGAGAUUUGAGGGAAUGUGUGGUGAAUGUAAAAUACCUAGUUUACUUGGCAGUCUCUUGUGUAAAUUACAGUAAAACAAAGUAAAUGAAAUUUAAACAAAAAAUAAAUUUGAUCACAAAAUGCCA